AUGGCCUCGUCAGGCCGACACUUCCCAAGCCACAAAUCUCCAUCCUCUUCCGUCGCUAACGCCAACGCCAACGCCUACGAAGAACUCCUGGCCUCCUUAACGCGCAUCAACACCUACAACCCGCCCGUCCAGACCUGUUCGACCGGCUGGACCUUCCACGGGCUGUACUACGGUCCCACGUCUGUGGCGUACUUGUUCUUCCGUCUCUCACACCUCUACCCGGACCUCGUCUUCAAAGGCCAGUCCCUGCUCGACUGGGCCCAGGCGUAUCUGGAUCUGGGCCAGUCCCGCGGGCGGCGUGAGAGCGUGGGAGUGGACGCGAACCACUGUGGGAUCGGCAACGAGGUCCUGGCGCAGCUCGCCAUCCGCGCCGCCAUGGAGCAGGACCCCAGCCUGGUCCAGGAACUGUGUUCGCAUGAGCCCGUCAUCAACGGCUCCGGCGGGUCGGACGAGUGGCUGUACGGCCGGGCGGGAUACCUGUACCACCUGCGCCUGGCGCGGUCGAGCUUUGGGGAGGGUUCCAAAGCGAGCGACCUGAUCGAAACGACCAUCCGCAAGACGAUCCGGCGGAUUUGGGCUUCGAAACAGCCCUGGACGUGGCACGGCAAGCCGUACGUGGGCGCUGCACACGGCACGCUCGGCAUCUUGUGUCAACUGGUGUUGUCGGCGCCGUCGUGCGCACAGACGGUGGAACCGCUGCUCUCGUGGCUGCUGGAGACGGUACAGCUCCCCAGCGGCAAUUUCCCGUCCUCGCUGCCCUCCACCGGGGGAUCCGACAAACUGGUGCAGUUCUGCCACGGAGCACCGGGGGCCGUGCUGGCGCUGCGGCCGCUGCGUCGGCAUUUCCCCCCCAGCCUGCAGGUCCUGGUCGAUGCCGCGGUCACGGCGGCGCAAAAGGACGUCUGGGAGAGGGGCUUGCUGACCAAACCGCCCUGCCUGUGUCACGGCAUCGCGGGCAAUGCGUUGGCUCUGGACGACGAGUCAGAGUUUCAGCAUUUUUUGAACUGCAUGUCCACCGAGGCCCUCGAAAGCAUCGGGUGGUUGAACGAGGCGGGGCGGGACGACCACUUCGUCGGCCUGUAUACGGGCGAGGCGGGCAGGGCGUGGGCGUGGGCCGUGGCGGAUCGCGGAUUGGAGGAGAAGCCUUGUAUUGGGUUCAACGAUCUAUGA